AUGGUAACUCUAAGGGGGAAACUCUUAUCUAUGAGACCUAGACAUGCUCCAGCUGAGGAUUACAUUAAAAUAGGAAGUAAAGCUCCAACUGAGGCUUACAUUAAAAUAGGAAUUAAUGAUCCAACUCAGGAUUACAUUAAAAUAGGAAGUAAAGAUCCAACUCAGAAUUACAUUAAAAUAGGAAGUAAUGAUCCAACUCAGGAUUACAUUAAAAUAGGAAGUAAAGCUCCAACUGAGGCUUACAUUAAAAUAGGAAGUAAAGCUCCAACUGAGGCUUACAUUAAAAUAGGAAGUAAAGCUCCAACUGAGAAUUAUAUUAAAAUAGGAAGUAAAGAUCCAGCUGAGGAUUACAUUAAAAUAGGAAGUAAAGCUCCAACUCAGAAUUACAUUAAAGUAGGAAGUAAAGCUCCAACUGAGGAUUACAUUAAAGUAGGAAGUAAAGAUCCAAUUCAGAAUUACAUUAAAAUAGGAAGUAAAGCUCCAGCUGAGGCUUACAUUAAAAUAGGAAGUAAAAAUCCAACUCAGAAUUACACUAAAGAGGACAUUUAA